AAACUUAUUUUAAGGCGAAGAAGGCUUUUAAAAGUAGGCAACAACACAUUCAUUUUUCGUUUGUACUAUUUUUGAGAUUUUCUUAUCAUUUUAAUAAUUUAUGUAUCUUUCAAUACAAAGAUCGAUAAGGAGUUUUACGAUUAGUAGGUUCAUAAAACAAAAUGCCAGUAAUUGAAAAAAGUUGAUAUUGUACUAAAGAUGUUUCUAUUUUAUACACCCUCGCUUAAAGUUUUUUGUGGUUUGGAUAUUUUGAAGAGAAGAAGAAUUCAAUUAUUCAUCUUAUUAGCUUGUUUGCUUGCUUUGGCAGAAUCCGGAUGUCCAGAUUUUUGCAAAUGUACAUCGAUUGCGAUUAGUUGCAUGAACAGAGAUAUUGACAGAAUUCCAAAUUUUGAUUCAAUAAAUGUAGAUCCAAUAACAAUUGACCUUUCUGGUAAUAGAAUAAAUAUCAUCGAUAAAGUUGAUCUACAUUUUAGUAAAAGUUAUAUGGUAAAAGAAGUAUACCUAAAUGAUACCAAUCUCAUUGAUAUUGAGAGCGAAGCUUUCAAUAAGAUGGAAAAUCUUCAAGAAUUGUAUUUGGGAAAUAAUUUGUUAACUUCUGUGCCAUCAGACUUUAUAAAGGACUUAUAUAAUAUGGUUUUACUGGAUUUAUCGGGCAACUACUUCGAAGGUGACAUGCCGGUUAUACAAUCCGAAAGUUUGGAAGUCUUGACAAUGUUAAAUUGCCAAAUAACAAGUAUUACUGUUGAAUCACUGAAGCAUCUUUCUAAUUUAAAACUAUUAUCAUUGGAACAAAACAAUAUCCAACACAUAGAUACAAACGCGUUCGAAUCAAUUUCAACUAAAUGGUUAAUGCUAAAAUUACCUUUUAAUACUUGGAAAUGUAAUUGCCAAACAAUAAAGGCCUUAUUUUUUUUAUCAGGACAUAAAUACAUUGAUCCAUCUGAUCAAUACGAGUGUCAAAUAAAUAAAACAGCCAUUAAAAUUUUUAAAUCGAACGAAUUUAUAGAAGAAUUUUGUGACAUAAGCUAUUCAAAUGGACAAAAUCAAAAUGUUCUUGGAAAUGAUGAUUUGUUACCAAUGGAUGAUAAUAACGCUAAACCUUACGAUCUCCAAAAAAUAGAAAACACUUUACAGGAGGAAUUCGAGAAUGAAAAUAAGCAGGGAGCGGAAUAUAAUCAAAAUUUGCCAACAAGUAGUGAACAUAAUAAAAUUGAUUAUUUAAGUAUUUCAUUUUUUGUAGUUGUAUUCAUAGCAAUAGCAUUUAUACUAAAACGCUUGAUAUUAGUUGAGUAUAAAAAUAUGAAUGAGUCUGAUAGUACAACUCAAUUACUAUAAAAAUGGUCUAUAUUGUCAAAUAAAGUUGAUGUAGGUAGGUAUUAUGUUAAUCUACUUAAAUCUUAAUCAGAUAGGUAUAUUUUCACUUUCUGAAAUGCUGAGAAUGUUUUAGUUUCAUAGAUAAAUGUUUCAUUAGAAAAUUAGCAAUACCGAAUAUUGAGGAUGCUAACUUGGUUAACGAAACAUAUUUUUCUUUGAAAAGUAAUAAGAAUUUGCCUUUUUAUUGUGAAUAUAAAGCCGAAAAUGAUUCAAUAUCCAAUAAUAUUAAGUACCUAAUUCUUCUGGUAUUAUAAAACAAUUUAAGGAACAGUAAUUCUACAAAUUUAUAUUUUGAUGUUCUCUAGGUACAAUUUAUAGGUACAAUGCAGUGCAUUUCUGAAAAGAAAAACUUUUACCAAUCGUGUUCAUUGUAAUAAUGUAAAUUAUCCGCGAUUGAGCAGUGAAAGCUAGAUGGGAG